CUCCGCUCUCGGUUCCUCUUUCCUCGCUCAAGAUGGCGCUGCUCGUAAUACAUUCUUGGCGCUGGGCAGCCGCGGCGGCUGCUUUCGAAAAGCACAAACAUUCGGCAGUUCUGACCAGGCCUCUAGUCUCCAUCUGCGGCUCAGGCUCGCGGGGGAGGUCGCAGCAGCGCGGCGCGUCAGGAAGCUCUCGGAUAUACCAGAAUGCAGAGCCAUUAAGAAAUGCUACAUGGCAGAGAUGGGGAAAAGACAAUUCAAGACAGUUACUAGAUGCUUCAAAGGCUCUCCAGGCAUGGCCACUGAUAGAAAAGAGAACAUGUUGGCAUGGGCACGCAGGAGGAGGACUCCACACAGACCCAAAAGAAGGGUUAAAAGACGUUGAUACUAGAAAAAUCAUUAAAGCAAUGCUUUCUUAUGUGUGGCCCAAAGACAGGCCAGAUCUACGAGCCAGAGUUGCCAUCUCCUUGGGAUUUUUGGGUGGUGCAAAGGCCAUGAAUAUUGUGGUUCCUUUCAUGUUUAAAUAUGCUGUAGACAGCCUCAACCAGAUGUCGGGAAACAUGCUGAACCUGAGUGAUGCACCAAAUACAGUUGCAACCAUGGCAACAGCAGUUCUGAUUGGCUAUGGUGUAUCAAGAGCCGGAGCUGCCUUUUUCAAUGAAGUUCGAAAUGCAGUAUUUGGCAAAGUAGCUCAAAAUUCAAUCCGAAGAAUAGCCAAAAAUGUAUUUCUCCAUCUUCACAACUUGGAUCUGGGUUUCCAUUUGAGCAGACAGACAGGAGCUUUAUCUAAGGCUAUUGACAGAGGGACAAGGGGUAUUAGUUUUGUCCUCAGUGCUUUAGUGUUUAAUCUUCUCCCUAUUGUGUUUGAGAUGACGCUUGUCAGUAGUGUUCUGUAUUACAAGUGUGGUGCCCAGUUUGCAUUGGUGACCCUAGGAACACUUGGUGCAUAUACAGCAUUCACAGUUGCAGUUACACGGUGGAGAACUAGAUUUAGAAUUGAAAUGAACAAAGCAGAUAAUGACGCAGGUAACGCUGCUAUUGACUCACUGCUGAAUUAUGAAACUGUGAAGUAUUUUAAUAAUGAAAAAUAUGAAGCACAGAGAUACGAUGGAUUUUUGAAGACAUAUGAGACUGCUUCAUUGAAAAGUACCUCUACUCUGGCUAUGCUGAACUUUGGCCAAAGUGCUAUUUUCAGUGUUGGGUUAACAGCUAUAAUGGUGCUUGCCAGUCAGGGAAUUGUGGCAGGUGCCCUUACAGUUGGAGAUCUAGUAAUGGUGAACGGACUGCUUUUUCAACUUUCAUUACCCCUUAACUUCCUGGGAACUGUAUAUAGAGAGACAAGGCAAGCACUCAUAGACAUGAACACCUUGUUUACUCUGCUCAAGGUAGACACGCGGAUUAAAGACAAAGUGAUGGCAUCUCCCCUUCAAAUAACACCACAGACAGCUACAGUGGCCUUUGAUAAUGUGCAUUUUGAGUACAUUGAAGGACAGAAAGUCCUUAGUGGAGUAUCUUUCGAAGUCCCUGCAGGAAAGAAAGUGGCCAUUGUAGGAGGUAGUGGGUCAGGAAAAAGCACAAUAGUGAGGCUGCUCUUUCGCUUCUAUGAGCCUCAAAAGGGUAGCAUUUACCUUGCUGGUCAAAAUAUACAAGAUGUGAGCCUGGAAAGCCUUCGAAGGGCAGUGGGAGUAGUGCCUCAGGAUGCUGUCCUCUUCCAUAACACUAUCUACUACAACCUUUUAUAUGGAAACAUCAAUGCUUCACCAGAGGAAGUAUAUGCAGUAGCAAAAUUAGCUGGUCUUCAUGAUGCAAUUCUUCGAAUGCCACAUGGUUAUGACACACAAGUAGGGGAACGAGGACUCAAGCUAUCAGGAGGAGAAAAACAGAGGGUAGCAAUUGCAAGAGCCAUUUUGAAGGACCCCCCAGUUAUUAUCUAUGAUGAAGCUACUUCAUCAUUAGAUUCAAUAACUGAAGAGACUAUUCUUGGUGCCAUGAGAGAUGUGGUCAAGCACAGAACUUCUAUUUUCAUUGCACACAGAUUGUCAACUGUGGUUGAUGCAGACGAAAUCAUUGUCCUGAGCCAGGGGAAGGUAGCUGAACGUGGUACCCACUAUGGUCUGCUUGCUAACUCUAGCAGUAUCUAUUCAGAGAUGUGGCAUACACAGAGCAGCCGUGCACAGAACCAUGAUAACCUCGGAUGGGAUGCAAAGAAACAAAGUCUCUCCAAAGAAGAGGAAAGGAAGAAGCUCCAAGAAGAAAUUAUUAACAGUGUGAAAGGCUGUGGCAAUUGUUCCUGCUAAGGCACACAAGACACUUUCUUGUCUUUUUGUUGUCUUGUUUGGUUUUGGAAUACACAUUUGCACUGAGGCAAAACUAGUUCAUAAAAAUGUAAAUCAUACAUUCCCAUUCUUUUAAUCCUACUAAAUAAGAUAUAUUUAAAGGAGAGUUUGAUUUUGCCUUUCAACAUCUUUUGAAUGUGACAUCUAUAAUUAUCCCCAAAUUAUAUUUCUUGUUCCUGCCCCGAUUAUGCUCAGUGCAUUUUUUUUUACCAUUUGAUUUUGCCCUGUAACUGUUUUUGAAGUCUUAUAACCAGAUGAAGUAGAAUGGUUUCCAAAUGUAUGUGGUUCUUAAAACCUCCUUUAUGCUCACAAGUUGUAGGGAGAGUGUUUUUUUUUUCUUAAAAUUAAGUAGGAAUAUAAAGAGAAGAAUGUAGGUUCUUCUCUUUCCUCUCUCCAAUUAUACUUCCUUGUCAAUGUGAAAAUUAGUUUGCAAACACAUUUAAAGUUGGAACUUAGCCAAAAUGAACUGUAUUUAUAUGUUGGACAUUUUACUUUUGGACACCUAUAAUAAGAAUUUUUAUUUUGUCCUUUUGAGGGGAAUUGGUGUAUAGAAUAUUAUCUUUAAUCACCCCUGCAACUCUUCUCUAGUGAUUGGAAUUUUAUUUUUAAUCCCAAGUUUUUGUUUUGGACCAAAAUUUGUUAAAUUUUAUUUAAAGUCUCAGAAACCUUGAUGUCAUUUGAGAGCUGUUAUAUUAGGAAGGAUCCCUAAAGCUUAGGGAGUUAAUGGUCUUUCCUGUUUCUAUCUUAAAUGUACUGCUUUUGCUAUCUGCAGUUAUACAAAGAAGUAAGUAAAUAGGAUGUUGUACAUCCACACAUGUGUAUGUCUGUGUACAUGCUAAUAAUACGUGUAUAUAAGUCAGUGUCCACUUAAAAUUAUUAAAAACAUUUGGUAAAUAGGAAAGGAUUACAUAUCUAGGUAUACUCUUUAGAUGACCAGAUCUCUUAACCUAUAUUGACACUUCAGAAUUGCUAUGUUUAUUGUAAGGAUUUUUGUUACUUAUUCAUAGUAUAAUGAGUUCUGUUAAAUCUAAUGUCAAAAAGAAACUAAGUGAUAUAGUCAAGCUUUACUUAGAAAAACAUUUUACCUGUUAAAAAUUAUUAUUAAAAUGAUGAUAUACAUCCACAUAAGAUGUUCUCUUAAACUAGGCAUUGUGUACCUGGAGUUCCAGUAUUAGGAGACUGAACCCAGAAAUUUGAGACUAGCCUGGGCAAUAUAGUGAGACCCUUUCUCUUAAAACUGAAAAAGAAAACAAAAAGUUCUGCUCUGUGUCAAUAGGAAUUUAAUUUGUGUGAUAAUACUCAUACAUUUUGAAACAUGUGUGUAUCUCAUGAAUGGCCACAUAAUCAUAUGUAAUGUGGCUUGAUUUCUCAGGAAAGGUCCUAAACUGCUUGUUACAUUAUAGUUUUAAUGUGUUUUAAAUGAUAAUUUAGUGUGGGAGAGGUUAAUAUUUUUUGAUUUGUAUUAUUGAUAUUGAUAAAUAAAAAUCUUCUGUUAUAUAAUAGUUUGCUAAUCUGAGGCCAGUAUAUCAGUUAAUCUUUGAUACCAAAGUAAGUUUUGCAGGAUCUUACUUUUAAAAUUGAAGGUAACACUGCAGUGUGUUAUGGACUGAAAACUGGGUUUUGUUUUGUUGGUAUUUCUUGCUUUCAGGAUGUAGAUAGCGGUGCUAUUUUCAAGGGGGAAGAAGCACAUCCUUUGAAUAAAUCAGUUACAUUACUGCAGAUGUGAUUAAAGUUAGAUAAAAAUUUUGCAUCGUUAUUAAUUCCUACAUUUGCAUCAAUGCUAAUGGAGACGAUGAAACUCAGUUACACAAAGAACCAGAAUAUAAUUAUUAUUAUUAAGAAUUCUUCUUGAAGUGUAUGUAGCAGUGUUCAAAGCAAGUUACUUAGUGAAAUAGAGGAAACAUUACCCCCAAGAAAGUAGGGAUAUUUGCAGGAUAGGGAUACUAUUCCAACUAAGAUUUUGAAACUUUUCUUUUCAUAUGAUUGCCGGUGGUACCUAGGCAAUUGUAGUCAUUAACCUAUCUUUCAACUAACAAAACUAAAUUUAAGACAAUUAGUGUAGAGGCCAUAACUAAGUCUUAAGACAUCUUUUUAAAAACUACAUCAUCUUUAGGUGGUUCUAUAGAGGGAAAUAAUAGACAGCUGAAGACGAAAGAGAAGCUUUCUGGGAUGAUUCAGUCAUGGGAAAUGCCAAGAAAAGGGCAUUUAAAUAUAAUGCACUAAUUUUACAUCACAAUAUUACAUAAUUACACAAAAGGAUAAUGUUUAUAAAUUUUUAAAAAAUCAGUGUUGCUGCAAUGUUUUAAUGUAUUAGGAGGAAUAAUUUUAAAAUUUGAGCUCUGAAAAUAGAGUAAGAUAAUGGGGGUUCAUUUCUUACAUCUCUUUAAGGAUUAAAAAAUUUAUUUUCUUCCUAAGGAAAUCCCAGUUUACAAAAGUUAACUUGAAGCCAAGGUAAUUUGGGAAUCUUAAAAACUGGGCCAGAUGCCUUACUGCUCAUCCUUAACAUAGAACUGUCUUGUUGUGCAGAUGGACUCAUUUGGGAAUGUUUAACAGCUCAAGCCAGGGUCACUUGUGAUAAUCAGGGAGACCUUCACAUCUGAACACGAACAGUCUCAAGAUAGGCAUAGCUUGCAGGGAUUUGCACCUUUUAUAUACCUUAAGAUGAAUAUUCUGACUUUCCCUUCUAUGUUGACAAAUCUAAUUUUAUGAGGAUGACUGUUUUUUAAAACUUGUUUUGCUCUAAAGCCCAGGUAUUUGAAAACUGUAUGAUUCCUUAUUUCUAGAUCACUUUUUCCAUACUGCCAUCUUGUUCCUGUCCUUCCUACUUGCUGGAUAUAUCACCAAGUAGCAACAUUUUCCAUAUAUAUUCCUAAUUCCCUCAACUUGUAACUUGAUUACAGGAUAUUCUGUUGUGAAUUAUCAGUUAAAAGUGUUUAAAUAUGUUUGUAAUUACAGAUUGUGUUAAUUAUAGAAAAAUUCCUUUUCUCUGGGUGUAUUCAUUUGGAAUGUAAAGUGUAUGGUAAAUCACAAAAUUGAGUGAGACAUUCUGGAUAAAGCUGAUUACAACAAAGCACCUCAGCCAAGGGUUCACCUUACCACACUUCUCUUGUUUAUAGCAACCUGUGCAGAUAGUCAUUGCUGAAUAAACAUGCUUUGUGCCUAGAAA